GCGGAUGUUCCGUCUGUAACAAUAACAGCGUAGUUGGGGAGAAAUCAGACCCUGAAGUUGCGUUGAGGUCCUGGGCGAGUGGAGAUGUGCUCGGUGUAAAACUAAAAUAUUAGAUACAAGAAGACUGCUUUUAACCGAUAACAUUCUGAGUGUACGAUCGACCACAGGCUGAAGCAGGCGCUCGUUCAAAUGACAACUGGCCACUUUUGGAAGGCCGUGGGUAAACGGAGUUAAGCUAACAGUGCGCAGCAACCAUGUCGUCGGAGGAAAUGUUUCGUUUUGCGGCCUCGCCUUUGGCUUCGUCUCCGCCCCGUUCUCCUGCUCUCUGAUCCCACCGGGGAGAGAAACCAGCCGAAGUUACUUCGCGGUCCACUGUCACUCCAGCGAACAGUUAGCAUUGCGCGUUAGCUCCCACCCGCCGCCCCUUCUAGCCCGCUAGCGUCCACGCCAUGGCGGACAGCUUUGGAGACGAGUCCAGCGGCGGUGCCCUCGGCUUAGGCGUCACCGGCCCGGGCGGCGGAGCGCCGUUGAUGCCGACUUUGGCCAACUCGCUGCCGGGCGGGUAUUCGGCUGUCAGCGGGGCUCACCCCGGCCCCAACCCCGCGUCCCCGCCUGUCGCCGCGGUCGCGCAGAGUGGCCUAACCGCUGUGGUGGCGCCCAUGUCCGCCGUGGCCGCUACGCCGGUCGCCUUCGGGAACACGUUCACGCCCGGGUCCUCGCCGCCGGUCGUGGCCGUGUCUCCCACCGUGCACGCCUCCUCGCCUCUGCCCGGCAUCGGGCUGGGGGUCGGCGGGGUGGCCGGAGCCAGUCUCCUGUCCCAGAUCCACGCCACGUCCUGGGACCCGACCCUCAGCACGGACUGGGACAACGAGAAGGCUUCGCAGCAGUGCAUCCUGAGGAUAAAACGAGAUAUCAUGUCCAUCUACAAAGAACCCCCACCGGGGAUGUUUGUUGUCCCUGAUCCUCAAGAUAUGACCAAGAUCCACGCUCUGAUCACAGGGCCCUUCGACACACCAUACGAGGGCGGCUUCUUUCUGUUCUUGUUCCGCUGCCCCCCUGACUACCCCAUCCACCCACCCAGAGUCAAGCUCAUCACCACGGGACACAAUACCGUUCGCUUCAACCCCAACUUCUACCGCAAUGGCAAGGUCUGUCUCAGCAUCCUGGGGACAUGGACAGGCCCAGCAUGGAGCCCAGCCCAGAGCAUCUCCUCUGUCCUCAUCUCCAUCCAGUCUCUGAUGACAGAGAACCCUUAUCACAAUGAACCUGGAUUUGAACAGGAACGACACCCAGGAGACAGCAAGAACUACAAUGAGUGUAUUCGCCAUGAAACCAUGAGAGUGGCAGUGUGUGACAUGCUUGAAGGCAAAGUUUCCUGUCCAGAAGCUCUGUGGAGUGUGAUGGAAAAGUCCUUCAUGGAAUAUUAUGAUUUCUAUGAGGGAGUCUGCAGAGACAGACUGCACCUACAAGGACAGAACAUGCAGGAUCCAUUUGGUGAGAAGCGUGGCCGGUUUGACUACCAGGGCCUGUUGGCUCGCCUCGGCGCCACGCACCGGCGAAUACGGGAGAAAAGCGUGGUGGAGGAUGAUCACAAUGAUGACGAUUCUGAUUCAGACACCAGCUCCUCAGGGACGGACCCCGACAGCCAAGGCAGCUCCCAGCCCUGACUCCCUCGACAGACCUGGUCCCUAACGCCAUGAAUAAAAGACAAAGGGAGACCUUUUUUUGUUAUGUUUGCGGUGGAGGAACAAAAUCACAAAAAGAAUAUGCAUCUAUGUUUAAGGCUUUAGUGAUUCUAUGAACCGGACCUAAAAUCAAGCUUCUCGGGCAAAUGUUACAGUGAGAGAAGCAGUAGUAGAGUUGAGGAACCAUUCGCUGGUCAAGUGUUGGCGAAUCUGGCCUGGAGUGAAGUAUCGCUGCUCCUGUGCAGCUAACCAGCGCUUAUUUAGCUUUUUUUGAUCGAUUCCUCAGAAUGGAUCCCCGGAUGCCUGAGGUUAACCAAGCAGUGUUGCUUGUGAGAUGUUACACGCCAAUAUUCCAACAAGAAGUUGUUCCAGUGUGAUUCUGAAAUCCAAACAAACAUCCUCUCUGUUUUUUCCUCCUGUUCCUAAAGAGAAACCGUAAUGGCAGAGGACAAGCCCACGCUUUGACCCUCGCUUUAUAGUGAAGGCAUGUUUUAGACUAGCUGAAGGGACUUGCAGUAUGUUGGGCUGAUCAAUGACAACGGCUAAGGUGCUCAUCAGAACAAGCUGUUCCUGCUUUCAGGUGGCAUUGUUUUUCAAUUAAACAGAAGAGGAAUCAAAGAUAAACUUUAUGCAGUAGACGUUUGAAGAUACUGAUUUUGGGCUCAGGUCAGGACGAAACUACAACCACACCUCUUUCAGACUGGAUCGUAGCUGCUUCCACAACUGGCCACGUACAACCAUCAGCAGCUCACCAAUUUAAAUUUCCUGACAAUUACACAAAACAUUCUGCUUAGCUAGUGCAGCUCACAGGUGUUUAUCUGAGCAAUGCUUUACCAAGUAAGGAACCCACACAGAGAUUCAAAUACUGUACUUUUUUGACCAGUCGUGCUAAACACACGACACUUUGCAACUUGUAGGGGACAUUAUUGGAAACUCUUGUUUCUGAAACUCGCUGUUCCUGAUGAUUUUUGUCUUUAUUCAGUUAAGAUCCAAAUUAAACCGUUGCGUGCUGUUGCUAUAUCUACCUGGGCUCAGAGGGGAACUAACAGAGAAACGUUUGCAACAGGGCCUGACCGGAGGGCAGUACGCAGUAAAGAGGUGGAUUGCACCAAAAUAUAAGGACAGAAAGCUUCAAUACUUAGUUCCAGACGUUUAGGGGCUUCAACAGAUCAAUAGAGCAGUUUUAUCCUGUGACCUCUGCCGACUCCAUUCGCACCUCGUGUCACUAAAAAGGUCUUUAUGCAACACCAACCCAAGCUGCAGAGUGAAUAUUUCCACCUGUGGCACAAAAGCAUGAAACAGUGAGAAAGCUGAAGGCAACUGUUCAGCUGUUCUUUUUUUCUCCCUGUCCAUGCAAUAAGUAGUAGUUCACAUUUCUCUCGAGACAUCUUUAUUUGCUGUAUGUAAUCUAUGAAUGUUCUUUAUCUCCACCUUGUGGACAGAGCUUUGUUGCUCUACAGUUAUAUAAGAGCAUGUGUUGAGUAAAAUGCUCAUAGCAUCAGCCUGACCACAAACAGAGGGUCUCCAGAACAAUGUGUGCUACUGUGUGCUCACUUAAUGCAAGGUGGCAAACCAAACCAAGUACAUAACUCAAAGCAGUAGUUCAGUUUGUGAAAUAUUUCAGUGGGAUCUCACCUCUGAUGACUAAAGUCAAGUGAAUCCCAUCCAGAAACCUGUUGGCUUGGCCUGAAGACCGGCCAAAAGAAAUACUUGUCUGAGAGUAACAGUAGUUUGUGGGGAUGCUCAAUCUGAAAAUAGAGAAAAUGUCUAGAAAAAAAACUUAUGUUAAGAUAAGUUUAAAAUUAUAAGACAAAUAUGAGGAUGUUGUCUUUUCUAAAGUCACUUGUUUGUCCACAGAAGUCAGGCUCUCAGCAUGGUGAGUAUCCUUUCUGCCUUCCAUGUCCUCCAGUGCCUGCCUUUUGCUCUCUACAGCCACGCUGAUAAGAGACUAGUUCUGUCAAACCCUGACUAACUAUCGGGGUUGAAGAAGAAACUAACGAUGUUCAUAUUCUAGGGCAUUCCUUUUUAUUUCAGUUGUGUUAUUGCGCAGUUACAUGAGAAGCACUUCCUAGCUGAAUAUAUGUGGUUGCCAAAAUGUUAAGUGCAACAGACGUCUUUUUAAGUGAAAGCAAAGAGAUCAUAUUCCUGCGUGCCCGUGCUGUGUUUUGGUCUGCUCUAAGCAGAGUUGUUCUGUGACUCUGUAAACCCUGGAUUACUGAUGGAAUUCUUCGUUUCCAGGUCACAACCAUGUUUCUAUUGUACAGAGGUUAAAGAAAAGUACAGAAUAAAGUGUUGUUCAGUCUG